GAAAAUGAGAAGUCGGCUGAAAAUUGAGCGCCAAAAUUUCAAUUUUGGAACCCCUAUUUGGCGGAAAAACCAAUUCGUGACUUCAUUUCAAACCCAAACCCACGAAUCUUCCACUUCACACUUUCGCAAAUGGCUGAUAUUGAACCUCCGUCCUUCUCCCUAGGGUUCGAUCUGGACCUCGAUUCGGAGCUCCGACCGGCUCCAGCACCCGCGCCAGAAACUUCAACCAGAAAUAAUUUCGGUAAUCCAGCAAGAACAUCGUCCCGGGUGACCUCUCUAGGUUCGAAUGCCGACGAGGAUGAUGAUUUUGAAACGCCACCGGUGGGUCAUGUCUCUCGAACGUCGGAGCCACCAGCUUCAACUCUUAAACGGCUGCGUCGUGGCCCCGCAUUGACGACCGAGAGACCGCAGCCCAAGGUGGACAACUUCUCUGUAGAAGAUGACAUAGAAGAAUUUUCUUCCCAGGAAGAUGAGCCUCCAGAUGAUGUAUCAAAGUAUCACCAUUCUGUUUGCAGCAGUUCAAAGUUCCCAUUGAAUGGUCACGGCUCUCAUGUUUUUCUGGCCUCUCAAGCUGCAAAACGGUUAAAUGAGACCAAGAGCAAAAACCAGGGGAGUUCUUCAGCUUCAAUAGAUAAGGAAGUCAGUGGCAAUAAAGUACUCUUUCCCGAGUUACAUGUUAGUCCUCUUAGGAGGUUUCAGUUGAUUGAAUCUGAUUCUGAUGAAGCUUCUCCUAGUAAGGGUCCCAGUGAAGUGAUUAAUAAAGUAAGUUUACCUUCAAGUGGUCAAUUCACCUCUUGUAAAGUUGGAACCUCUGCUGAAUUGAAGAAGACAAAAGCUCCAGAAAUUAUGUCCCCAGCCAAUGAUCUGUGGAAAGAAAUAAGUUCUGAUAGGAGCUUUCAUGUUCCAACUCCAGCUCUGGAUGAGUUCUGUGAAGAGUACUCCAGAUCUUUAAACAAUAAGGGCAAAUCUCUCAAGUUUGAGAAAGCCUGUUAUGUAUCCAACAAGUUAGGGGAAAAUGAGGGGGAACAAAUUGCCUCAGGUCCUCCUCACCCGGCAUAUUUGUAUUAUUAUCACGAGGAUUCAAGGAUCCAAGAGCUUGUUCGCACCCGUUUGCCCCACUUUUUGCCCUUGUGCUGUGUAAACAACCAAGGGCUUAAACAGCAGAAUACUUCCACAAUUAAUUACACGACCCAAUUCAAUCACAAGGAAGCAUCUAAACAAGGUAAAAGGAACCAGAAUAUCGGGUCAAGUUCAACAAAGUCACGAAAGAAUGCAAGAAAAUCAAGUGCUGUAGAUGUACAAGAGGAGUCUGACAGCUGGAUUAAUCCUAGAGUUUCUAAAGAAACUACAAAAGAUGCUGGGAAGAAAAGGGUCCGUGGAGUUGAAUCUGCUGGUCAUUGGUACACUGGCCCCAAUGGAAGAAGAGUGUAUGUAACUGGAAAUGGGCAGGAGUUGUCUGGUCAAGCUGCUUAUAGACGAUACAAAAGGGAAAGUGGAGGUGCUUUCAAAAAAUCCAAUAAGAAAGCAGCUUCAAAGAAAAAGUCUGGUAAGAAGAAACGAGGGCAUUCAUGCACCUAAUGACUCCAUUGGUUGGUAAAAAUGAAGAUCAACAUGAAUUGCAAUUUAGAUCAAAUGGCAGGCUGCAAUUUUCACCUAAUCCCGGAUGACUUUCGGGUUAGUGCUUUGAUCGUCCUAUUACCUUAGAGGUUUAAGGUCUGAGUGAUUUGAUUGGACCUUGAUGCUUGUCCUGAAAUGAUUUCUUACAAUUGAGUGAUACAAUUGAAAGGCAAUCAAUCUUGUGUAAAUAGAGUUACACCAUAAAGGGAUUGUUGCCAUUGUGCAAAUAAUUGUUAACGAGAAUAAGACGCAAGAGAAGAUAGCACUCCGGAGGACAUGAUGUGAUGAAGAACGAGCGUAGGACAUGGCAGUGACCAAGAUUGUGUUCAAACUUUUAGACUCGUGUGAGAUGAUUUUUCGUCCCAAUUGGCAGUUCAACAUAUUGAUCAUUUUGAAUACUUGAAUUUAGCGUUAUGCAUUGGCUAAUUAAACAAUUGCCUACAAUCUAUAUUUUUAUAAUAAUCUUCGAAAAUUCAUGUCGAAAAGUUAAUGUCAUUGUGUUAGGAAAUGCAUUAAUAUGCGGAGGCAUGUGAAAGGAGGCGAUUUUCUAUGUUGUGAAUCUUAGAUUGUGAGUCUUUGGGGGUUUCUCCCCGAUAUAGCCAAUAUACGAGCACAGGCCAACACUUGUGAACCAUUGGAAGGGG